UACACGCACAACUACACCGACCGUUUUAAUGGAAAGGAUUUGUCCAACCAAAAGUAUCCUAUUCCGCUUAGUAGCGCUCGAGAGCGACAGCAGCGACGACAUUGGUAAAAGCAUGGCAUCCGUCGGGAAAUAAAGGAAAACUCGCCGCCUGCUUUUCUCCGCAUAACACCAACACACGUUCUGUGAGUGUUCUCAACUAACUGCGUGUUCUCUCGCUCCUGCUCUGCACACACACACGACCGGAGCGCAGGGGGGUUGUUCUUCUCCGAGGGAGGAACAUGUCAAUACUGGCUGCUCUGCUGGUGGCUGGUGGAAAUCGCCAUUGAAACUUUGCUAAGCUAAUCCUUGCCGAGAGUCCCGUCGCGUACGGUCGGUCGGGUUGUCUUUUCUCUGGUUAAAGUGCGGAAAUUUGCGAAAGUGCGUCACUCGAGGUUGUUGAAAGUGUCCAAAAUCGGGUUUUUCCGCGCGAUUACACACGAAUUGUGCGGAUUUGUGCUGGCAGACGGGCUGGGAAAAGGAAAAAUCGAAGGAAAAAGUGCACAAUACAGUGCAGGAGAAGGACUCUGCCCCUUCACGGAUUCGCGGUGCUCGGCUCUCGGCGCUCCGAUGGUUCUCCUCGCGUAUACGUAGAAUAUUGAUUUUUCAAAUAAGGUGGAGAAUUCAAGACACUGAAUACGAGUGUUUUGAAGGGUUUUAAAGUGCGACACGACCAGAAUCGGAUACAAAUUAGUGGCCAAAAUGUUGGAAAUUCCAGGCGAAGGCAGUGAUUGAUGGAAUCGUGGAAGAUGUGCCAGUGAAAUUCGAUUAUCGAUACGCGUCAGAGGAAUCAAAUGAAUCGUGUGACUUCUGUUGCAAUCGAAGAAAGAAGGCGGUGAAAUUUGUGUCUAGUUUCAUUGGGCUAUUUCGUUUGGAUUAGAAGAAUACCAUCGUAGCAGGCUGGUUUAGUGAAUGGAAGAAAAGCGGGCGGCCAACUAAGAUCAAUCUAUCCAUCCACUGAAGUAAAAUGAGCAGAGAAGUGCAGAAGGAAAAUAGUACCCCUUCCAACGAGGCUCAUCAAUAUGUGGGGCCAUAUCGUCUGGAGCGAACGCUGGGGAAAGGUCAAACUGGCCUCGUAAAAUUAGGAGUACAUUGUGUCACCGCGAAAAAAGUAGCAAUUAAAAUUAUCAACCGGGAAAAGCUCAGUGAAUCAGUGCUGAUGAAAGUGGAGCGAGAAAUAGCUAUAAUGAAACUAAUUGACCACCCACACGUCCUUGGCCUGACGGAUGUCUAUGAAAAUCGGAAGUACUUAUAUCUGGUGCUGGAGCACGUUUCCGGUGGCGAGCUGUUCGACUAUCUGGUGAAAAAGGGACGGCUCACGCCCAAGGAGGCGCGGAAGUUCUUUCGGCAAAUCAUCUCUGCGCUGGAUUUCUGCCAUUCGCAUUCAAUAUGCCAUCGGGAUCUGAAGCCGGAGAAUCUCCUCCUCGACGACAAGAACAACAUCAAAAUAGCGGACUUUGGAAUGGCCUCACUGCAGCCGGCAGGAUCGAUGCUGGAAACGUCCUGCGGUUCUCCGCAUUACGCCUGCCCGGAAGUGAUUAGGGGUGAAAAGUACGAUGGCCGACGGGCGGAUGUUUGGUCUUGCGGUGUGAUCCUGUACGCCCUGCUGGUCGGUGCGCUACCCUUCGACGACGAUAACCUCCGGCAGCUGCUCGAAAAGGUGAAAAGAGGAGUGUUUCACAUUCCACACUUUGUGCCACCCGACUGCCAGAGCCUGCUCAAGGGCAUGAUUGAAGUCAAUCCGGAAAAGCGACUGACGUUGUCGGAAAUCAACAAGCACCCCUGGGUAACCGCUGGCGGCAAGGGGGAACUGGAACUGGAGCUGCCCAUGAUGGAGGUCGUCCAAACGCACGUAAUCCCCAACGCCACCGCCGUGGAUACGGACGUUCUCAAUGCAAUAUGCUCGCUCGGUUGUUUCAAGGAAAAGGAUAAACUGAUCCAGGAGCUGCUUAGUCCUAAUCAUAAUACAGAGAAGGUGAUCUACUUCCUAUUGCUAGAUAGAAAAAGACGACGACCGGCCGUCGAGGAUGACGAAGACGUUCUGCGGCCUCGGAAUGAUAUCAUAGAAAUUGCCGACCCGCCCCGGAAACGACUGGACACGUGCAGGAUCAACGGUAGCAGUAGUCUCUCCUCCUACGGUCAGAUUAGCGAAGGUUCUCCGCUGACCUCCCGGCGGCAGACCUUCAACAAUGGCCGCAGCCACAGCAGUAGUAGGCGAUCUCCGUCGUCGGUACCGCUGUCGCGAAGCUCAUAUCAAAGCCCUACCCGAGGGGUGCCGGUGAACUCCAGCCAGCCGCUCUCUCAACUGCAUCCUCCAUCCUCUCCGAACUCGGUAGUGAAUCGACACGCGAACUACGCGUGUCGAGAUAGAAAGUCUCAAAUGAUCGAAUCUUCGUCACCGGUCCAUCAUCGAGCCAAUUCCGGACCGGCAAUCACCGUGGGUCUGUUUUCGGAAACCGAUUCCAAUAAUAUGACAUCCUCAAUAAACGCAAUUCCUGGAUCUCCGAUCUUGGGUGGUCCGCAGAACCUAUCGGCCGUCAACACCGGUAGUCAACUGUGGAAAACUCGGUUGACAAACAUCAAGAAUAGUUUUCUCGGUAGCCCCAAAUUCCACCGGAGGAAACUUCAAAUUUCCAACGAAGAAGUGCACCUUACACCAGAAUCUUCGCCCGAGUUGACGAAAAAGUCCUGGUUCGGUAACCUGAUGACCACCGAGAAGGACGAAACGUUUACGGUGCUCGUCAAGGGAAAGCCUCUGGCGACGGUCAAAGCCCAUCUGAUUCAUGCCUUUUUGUCGAUGACCGAGCUGUCGCACAGCGUGCUUUCGCCGAUGUCCUUCCGGGUGGAGUACAAGCGCGGUGGCACCGGGCCAACCAUGUUCCAACGGCACGUCCGGAUACAGGUCGACAUCAACACGAUCUGCAAGCAGGGCGACGUGAACGAUAUGCUGUUCGCCAUCACGUUCACGCUGAUCUCGGGCAACAUCCGUCGCUUCCGGCGUAUCUGCGAGCACAUCCAGGCGCAGGUGUGCUCCAAGCGCUACCCGGCGGCGCUGGCCAGUCCAACGAAUCAACACAACAACAAGGUUUCCACGACAACGGUCGCCGAGAGCAUAUCGUGCGGGUCGGAUUCGAGCGAUCGGGUCAACUACAACAAACACGAGUCGGACAUAGAACCGGAGACGUUCUACGAUAAUUCCAGCAUCGGUAAGGCUCGGCGAUCCUCCGCUACGUCAUCCAACAAGAACUCGGUGUCGUCCGACGAGAUUGAAAUCAAAACUGUGCGAUCAAGCUCGGAGUCAACCGAACGCGACCGUGAGCGCACCGCUGAACGAACGGCGGCAAUGUCUGGUAGCGCGUUAGUAUGAGAGUUAUUUCUCUGAUAGGAUUUACCGAACACCAUUCCCCUCGACGGUGACGAUUCGGUCGAGUCCCAGUCCAGAAAUGAGCCACUACAGCAGCAGCGGCCAGAUCCCUCGUCACCGUCGGUGGUGGCGGCAGAUGCAGAACCUACUAGCGACACUAUUACGCUAUCCGUAUCUACUGCUAGUACUGAUCCUAUUGCUCCUACCUGCGAUUCCACGCGCUUUGUCCAACCUAACACUCCGAGUGAUGAAACCUCACAUCCGAACACAAACUGAACGAAGUAGGCGAACGAGCGAGCAGGUUUAUCAAGCGAAAAUAAAACACUCAUCAAAGUUGGCUUGAUGUUUUUUUGGAAUAACAUCUAAAACCACACCCUAACAAAGUAAAACAUAUUCAUUUCAUACAGAAUAUAUGAUCCUCAAAUCCGAUCCACGUAAAUAGACCAUCCCAUCCAUCGUAGCAGAUUCAAGGAAUUGAUUUUCUACGGUCAAAAAUCAUCACCCAAAAUCAUGAUGUAAUAUGCAAUCUGAUCUCCAAAACAAAACAAAAGUUGAACAUAAGCUCCAAACGAACAAACAGGUCUAAGUCAAUUCGGCUUUCUAGAACGCGUUAAAAGGCAACGUUAAACUAUUUUCACUUUCAAUACAACACACGUUAUUGGAAACACAUUCUUUGAACUAAAAACUUACAGCUUUUCAGCGCAAGAUCAAAAGAUUAGGAAACGACAAAAUUACAGAAAAAUUACAAUAAACCCUACAGCAGCGGAACGCAUUACACAAACAGGGAUGGAGAAGGUUUAAAACUGUAGAUCCGCAGCGCUUGACUUGGUAAUGAACAACUAAACGGCACAUGUACACGUUAGCAUAGCGACGAAAAGGAUGAACAAAACGUAAUAAACUAUUUUUUAAAAGGAAAAAUGUUUACCAAGCAAAACAAACUAGCCAAUUUUACUACAAACAACAUGAUUAUUGCAACAUUAAAGGUAAAUCGCAACGGAGUUUAGUGCUGAUGAUACCAGCAAGAGCUAAUGAACAUAGCUGGCUUUGAGAAACCAUGGCAUGCUACGCACAUUCACUCACUUUACGAAAACGAAAUAUUUCUAGUGGACAUCGGCUGCACGGACACACAUACAUACACACUCACAGACACAUACGGAACAAGCAGGAGCAAAAGGCUGUAACAAGCAGGCAUCAUGAUUCAUGGUAAAUCAAAUUCGGAGAAAAAAAAAUACUUGGACGUUUUAUACGAACUUAUCGAACACCCAAAACAACUCGAGAUUUCAUCCGCUUCAGUGAAAGCAGGGAGACGAAAACAAGGCUUGAUCAUUCAGUAAAAUAUGCAAAAACUGAUGCAAUUAUCCGGAUAGGAGCGUAACCAAAGCGUAAUUUAAAUAAUCACAAUAGUAAACGAACGUAAAACCACAUUUAAUAUGCAAAUUAUAGGAGUGGAAUUGCUUUUCGAUGAACUUUUUUCUUUCUUAUUUAUGAUUGUAUGAUGAUUUAGAGCUUGUGUAUUCCGCUUAGUGAAACCAACCAUGGCCGAUUGUCGGAGAAGAAUCAAACAACUAAACGCUUAUUAGUUUUUACGCUGAAACAAUGACACUAGAAAAAAAAAAAACAAAAUACAAUGAUUGAUGAAAUGUCGGCUUAUCUAGAAAACAGCAGCAACCAUAAACUAAAGGUGGCGAAACAAUUGCAGCAUACAGAUAUUAAUCAAACAUCGCUUAGUUAGUAUAAACUUUCAACCUAAAUCGACGAACAAAGUAAGCCCAAAAAUUCCAUUACACGCGUUUAGAACAACAAUACUAGUAGUAAAUACACAUUCAUAAAACACAAACACACUCAACCAUACACACA